CAGCGCUUGUACGUGCCGCUCUUUGCUCUGUCGCGACCGACACUGUGUCCGUAACUGGUGUUCGGAAAAUUGUGCAUGUGCGUUUUCCGACGAGAGCAGUGUGUGUGCUAGUGAGAUGUGCUGUUGUUUUCUAGGAUCGGUUUACACGCAGAGCAUCAACUAGCCCGAAUGAGAACAAAGUGCUGGAGCGCUAAAAUUACUAAAAGAAACAGUUACAUACUAGCGCGUAGCAUACUUAUUGUUUAACUUCAAUCGAUUAUACGUGUAGCAACGAGCGUUUAGCCGCGCCGUUGUCGACAGCGAUAUCGAUAAAGAUACGUCGCGUCGUGCGCGUUCUAAUCUCCUGUCGCUGCUAGUGUCAGUGCUUGCCGGAGUCGCGCGACUCGGCCAGCACGCCCCGACACAGCCGUGGAUAACCUCGGCCAGAGCCCCCUUCCGGUGAAGAGGCUGCACGAAGCGCUUCAGAGUGCGCAAGUGAAGCGGCAGCGGCUCUCCCCCCCGUACCCCAACCCUUCAUCCCUCCACCCCAUACACCAGCUGGCCGUGCAUCAGCAUAUCAAAGUGCAGCAGAGCAUAGUGCAGCAGAGCAUCGUGCAGCAGCACCAGUUGAAUCUGGCCCAUCAGUCGCUGCAGAACCUGCAAGCGCAGAGUUUGCAAGCGGCCCAGCAAAGCCUUCAAGCGGCUCAGAACCUGCAAGUAGCGCAAGGGCUACAGGCGCAGAAUCCCGCUUCAGUGGGCGGCGUAGGUACGCAGCAGGGGGCAGGAGCGACACAAGGCGCCCUGGUGCCACCACAGCAGCCGUCGCCGCGGGCUGCGUCUCCGCAGCACAAGAACAUGGAGCUAGCGUUGUGCCAGAGCAUGGACUCCGUCAACACCGCCACCACUGAGGAAGAGGUGCGGACAUUAUUCGUGAGCGGACUGCCCAUGGAUGCAAAACCACGCGAACUCUAUCUACUAUUUCGAGCAUACGAAGGUUAUGAGGGUUCGCUGUUAAAGGUUACAAGCAAAAAUGGAAAGACUGCAUCUCCAGUCGGCUUUGUCACAUUUCACACUCGGGCUGGAGCCGAGGCGGCUAAACAAGACCUUCAGCAGGGCGUCCGGUUCGACCCCGACAUGCCGCAAACGAUUCGGCUGGAGUUCGCUAAAAGCAACACGAAGGUCAGCAAGCCGAAGCCGGCAGUUGCCACAGCCGCGCCAGCUGCACACCCUGCAUUGAUGCACCCACUCACUGGACACUUAGCCAGUCCGUUCUUCCCCGGUGGAGGGGCAGAGCUGUGGCAUCACCCGCUGGCAUACGGAGGAGAACUGCCAACCCUGUCGCACGGGCUCGUCCACCCCGCCAUCCACCCACAGAUGGCGCCCACCCCGUUGACGCUAGGCGCUUGUGUACUCCCCGCGCCAGCGUUGGGUUCGCCGGGUGCCGCGGUGCCGGGCCACGGGCCCGCGCCAUCCGCGCACCCUGCGCACCCCUCGCAUCCUGCGCCGCCAUGUUCUACGCUAUUCGUCGCCAACCUUGGCCAAUUCGUAUCCGAGCAUGAGCUCAAGGAGAUAUUCAGCAGCUGUCCGGGUUUCUCGCGGCUGCGGCUUCUGACGGGCGGUAGCGGCGGCGGAUCCGGCCCGGUCGCGUUCGUGGACUUCCUAACUCCGAGCGACGCAGCCACCGCCAUGGCCCGUCUGCAGGGCGCACUGCUCCUCAGCUCAGAGGGGGCCAUCCACCUCGAAUACGCGAGGCAUAAGUUGGCACACAACGGCUGGAUACUCGCACAUGAAGGAGCCAAAAACGGAGAAGAGGUCGAACAGCAUUAGUUCGUUCGUGGCACUCGGCACUUGACAACCAGCUAACUGAGGGACGCGCUAUCUUGAUCCUCGGCAACGCAUCGGAAGCGGACCACAUCUGGGAGAGGGAGCCCCGCUUUGCUACGACGUGUGCUCGCAUUACUAGCGACGGAUCAAGAGUACAACACCAGGUUCACUAGCAACGACCCCUACACAUAAAUGUACAUUAGCAAACGCUCUCAUCUCCCAAUUAUUGUUUUCCUCACGACUAGCGUCUGAGGUGUGGUGUAUUUUGUUGAUACCAAAUUUAGCAUAAAAUUUAUUAUUAUUAUUAACAUUCCAGUUAUAUUGUUUACCGUUCUCGAUGCAAAUAUUAUUUAAAAAUUUAAUUGUGUAUCGCGUUUAUUUUAUAAUUCAAUGAAUGUAAUAUAAGAUUUAUUUACAAUUAACUUAUAGUAUGGUGAAGUUUGUACAUUCGUUUCUACGCGACCGAUGUGUAGCAUCAGAGAGGAUUUGUUAUGGAUAUAGUGUAAUAUCAGAAAUUAAUCACUCUAGGAUAUAUCACAUUCGAAUAAGCUAAAAACCAAAGGUGCCCUUCAUAGAAAGAUUACGUUUUGUUGAUAAUAUUUCAAGUUGAAUGAUUUUAAAUGAAGUUGUAUGUAAUAAUAACAAUACUUUUGUUUUAGUCUCGAUAAUAUUAGCAUAUUUAAAUGAAUUUUCAUGACUAUCUCAAAUUAUAUUUACCUAAUGCUUUUUUAGUAAUUUUUAUAAUGUUCAAUCACUCGUUAAAGCGCUGGCACUCUAGCGUUGGUCUUACGAUCCUUUCUAUCUGUAAAUGAAUAAAUUAAAAUUGCAAUUAAUGUAAAAUUGUAACUAGUUGAAGCGAAACGAGCCGCCCUCGGUGUCGCUCCGUGAAGUGCAAUACAUUACUGAUCGCACCGCACUCGCUCUUGCAUCGCAUCGUAUUCCCUAUUCUUACCAUUUCUCCUAUCUUAUCACACCCUUAAUUCCGUGAUGCACAUGCCGGUAAAAUGACCGCCGGACAAACGAAAGAAGUAUGUAUAAAAUAACACACUAUGUAGCACUCCACAAAAACUUUUAAAAGAACAGAUUACAAACGAAAACUUAUCUAGAUGUGGGUGCAAAUAGCCGGUCUUACGGGUAUAACGCGAUCCCUUCCAGACAACCUUCAGGCUCGUGAGAAGAAUUUCAAAGAAGCUUCAUAUGUUGAAUUAAAUAACUCUACACAUGUAGCAGCAAUUUAUAGAAAUUAUUUUUGUGUUUUAGAAAGCACAACACAGUGGAAAAAUCAUACUUCAGAGAAUCACCGAUACGGUUAAAUCUCCGUUAUUUACCACACGCAUUGAGAGGUUUUAUUUUUAAAAUAAUAUAGUUUGUGCUCACACUGUGUUAAGAUGCAAACUUUUUUUCUCUCUCGCGUAUUUAAUCGGCUUUGCUUGCAAAUAAGUUACAGCCAACAUGACUUCGUCCAACACAAAUGACAAUUUUAAAGAACGUCAAAUACUUAGAUCUCUGAGGCAAAGCCAAGAUAUUUCGAAUUAUUGUCCAUUUGAUUAUUAAACUAUGAAAUGAUAUUGCAGUGCCUAAAAUUAAAAUGAGACUCAAUGGUAAAUCGUUUUUUGGCGAUUACGUCGAAUAAUCUAAGCACCCAUGGAUUCCGAUAACGAAUAAUCUAAUAAUGAAAGUACGAAGCAACUGAUAUUGUAACAACGAAUGCACGUCGAAAAAAUUUACAACUACUCAAACAAAAGUUUUUAGAAUGGUUAUAAGAAAUUGCCACUAAGGCUACAAAAGCUUCCGUUUACGUCACAAAGUGCUCUUACCUAAUUACCUUAAAUGUCACGUAGUUUGGUGUGAAGUUUAUCGUUGUCAGGAGCAGUCGUUGUGCCAUGAUUCAUAAUAAUAUUUUAUCGUUUGUAUGACUUUCGUUGCUUCGUUCUUUCGUUAUUGAAAACUCGCUAUGGUGAAAUAUUGGGCGCAUCAUAUUUCAAGGCCUUCGGGAACCCGGAACAUUUUUUACCGAUGCAUGUGUGUAGCGGUCUUAUGUCUUGUGCCUUGCGAAUAUAUUAAUCAAAAAUAUAAAUCCUUUUAUCUAAAUACUGUUGGGUUGAUCGGCGUAUAUUAGGAGUAUGAGUAUAUGGUGUACAUAUUACGCCAUCAAUUAUUAUUAGUAUACGAUGCGACGGAGUUGAGUAUGGUUCAGUCUUGUUGCGAGAAUUUAGCCUUGGCCUUAUGAGAGUAAAAUAACUAUAUGUAAUCAUUAUAUUAAUUAUUAGUAUUAAUAAAUGGCGAACGCGCCAUGCUGAAUAGUGAAACAAUAUUCUAUUUGCAUGCUUUGACGAGCUUUUUGGUAAUGUACUAAUUUAAAAUUUAGUAGUUACUUUAAUUGUGUAAUCUUUAGGUGAAUAUUAUAUAAUUAGAUAAGGGUAUUUAUUGUAGAUGAUCAGUAUAGUUACAUUAAUGUUAAUUGAAAAGUUAUUCAUACAUUAUAUCGAAACAGUGUAAUGAAGUUAAAUUAACUGUGUUAGGUUUAAUCAAAUGGAAGAUUUAAUAUAUUUUUAUUUUUAGCUAGUUGACUAUCGCAUGCAGAAUAACUUAAGCUUCGUACUAAGCGAGCGAUUUGUUACGACGCAGCGGACUGCUAUGCCGAGAGGCAAACGCUCUACGUGAAAACGAUAUGGUUCGUAGCACCUUUACGAAUAAACGUUGAUAGUAAGAGAUUGCAUACUCGCAGGCCUCGAUAGUUUUCAAAUAUGGAAAUAUAUAGUCAGUAAGAAUUCACUUUUAUCUUCAUUCCAAAGCUGAAGUCAGUCCAUCUAGUACCAGAUAUCCUACCGGACGCUGCAAACUAAGAUCUAUUUUUGACGAUAUUUUUAUUCUUUAAUUAAAAACUAUCGUCGCUAGCGAGGUUUACAAUUUUGUGCUAAAGGUAUUGUUCGAAUAAAAUUGCGUUUUGCUGCAUCGCAAUAAAUCGCUCACGUGGAAUGUAAUGUUAGUUACCCAUUCGUUCGAAAGGGGUGACAUUAAGUACACUUCGAUGCGAAAUAGCAAUAAACCAAAAAAUGAAUUCUUAAUGUUUAUAUUAUAGGUAUCUAGAAAAGUAUUCUGCUGAUGUAAACAUGUAAAAAUUAUACAAAAAAAAGUAAAAAAAAAAUCCCUGCUUAGGCUAUUAUUAUAAGGUUUCUGAUAUUCGGGUUGAAAUCUUGACGCGACAGUUAUCAAAGGAUUUAUUCACGAAAUUGUCGUUCAGAGGCCGGAAAAUCCGCAUGUGAAAUUCUUAUGAAAUUCUCUUAGUCAAUAUUUAAUAGAAAUAUGUCAAUUUUUGACUUAGCAAAAUUUUAUACGUUAUUUAUAGUAACUGUAACUUUCACGAUAAUAUACCGAGCGUCAUGGCGUAUAGACCAAAGAUGAAAGAUAUACAUAAUUUUAAUACUAACCUCAGACCGUACCAAACAUUAUUUGUUGACUCGCAUACUGGCGAAAACUAUUAUUACUCGUAUAUCAAUAUUUUUGUACAGAGAACCUAAGCUCUCUAAUUUGACGUUCUCUGGCGUAAAAAAAUACAAGAGGUUUUGUAUUAUCUAUCAUAUUAUAUACUUUCUUAGGUAUUAUAUUUCUUUUUAUAAAUCAAAUAUUAAAUUUUUAAUAUUUCAACACAUUUAACAAAUGAGUAUAUAUUGCCAGUGCGUGAAGUCGGCUUUAGUUAAAUUUGUUAGCUAAUAACUAAAUAUAAUAAUUACGAACUAUUUGUUACAAAUAUGUUCAAUUGAUAUAAUUAAUUGUUAUUAUAAUUUCCCAGAAAUCCUAAAAUAAACAAUCAAAAAUCUCGGUUUCCCGCGUAUUCGUGUUUCAAUGUCGGUUUUUAAUAAUUAAGCUAAGUCAGUGUUUACUUAUUUAAUUCGGUAAUAUAAUAAUAUAUUAUAAUGAUAAUUCGUAUGUAAGUAAUCGUGUAAUAGUGUAGUAGAGAUCUCCCAAACCUUCGGCGCCCGGCGUCCCCGACCGCGGAAAAUACAACGAAAGAUUUAUAAAGUUUAUAUUCCAUUAUUUUUCCAAGCAUCGUGGUAAUUAAAGGUGAAAAAUGUUUAGUUUCUUUCAUAUAAAGUUAUCAGUUAAUUUGAUACAAUUUUUCAACAAGAUGAUUUGGUCUUUCAGUAUUAAAUUCUGAGGCCCUGGUAAAAAACUAAAGUGCCAUGGGUAUUCGAGUGCGAAACGUAACGUAACGUAAUGCAAAAAUAAUUAUUGAACAGUUUUUAGAAUCGUUGUCGUAAUAACUCAACUUCAAUCACGAUCACCGACUUGAAAACAAACAAAGCUAAAAGAGAUAUAACAGGUUGACAUCAAAAUGGCUGAUUCUAAACUUAUCCAGACUAUUAACGCCUCAUAUUUAUCAUGAAUAAUAAAGUAAGUAGACCAUGCUCAUCGAAAUUUUAGUGGAAAAAAAAUAUAUCACCAAUAAAUUAAUUCUUCCAUCUGAAGAUUUCUACUAAGAAUGAGUAUUUAUUUCGGACGUAAGAUGAGAAUUUUUUAUCUUAAAUUACCACUGCUGUAUUCUUGGUAUAAAAUUUAUACGCUCGCAAUUAUAGAAACGUUUUCGAGCAUCAAAGCACUGUAAUGACUAAGUAAAAUGGAACUUAACAACGUUAAGAUAAAGCUCUUACACUCUCUGGGUAGAGCUGGCAAGUUUAGAGAUUCCAAAGCGAGUUGAAUAAGAUUCGGUUUAACGUACACAGCAUUUCGAUAUUCGAAAACGAUCCCACGAAUGCGACGUGCAAAAUUCAUACUAAGGGUACUGAACAUUCGUUUAGGUUUUGUCUAUCUGCCAUUUAGUUAUAUUGUGUAUUUAUUUGCAUGGUGUAAAAAUGGCAGUGGAGUGAGCAAGAUCGCGCGGGACGUCGGCGUCGCCACGAUUCCGUCCAACCGUAGCUAGCGAGUAAGAGACGUCCAGUGGCUGCGGAUCCACGGCUACGUCAUUUGCGGGACUACUCGAUACAUAUCAACGUGUAAUAUUAAUGUGUAAUUAGAAUUUAAAAAAGCGGUUUCAUAGAGACUUUUAUUCAGUAUCCUCGUCUAACUACUUGUAUAAUGCAAUCGGCUGUAUGUCACGCUAAAUCGGUGUCGAGUUUUCUUUGUCGGGUUGCGCUUCGCAUUCUUCGUCUUCAAAUAUUUUCGCUUGGGUAUUACUUUACAUAGAAGGCAUUUGGCACGGUGGUGGUCGUUCCGUUAAAUUCGUAUCGUAUCGUAUCGUCGAAUCGAGUAGAUUGUUUUCGGAGUGUCGGCUGUGGCCGCGUGACAUAGGCCCGUAUGUGAUAGGGUAGGGUAGCGGUGUAGUAACGCCUUGCAAGUUAGGUUAAGUGAAGCGGUAUCAAACAAACGCCGUGUACCGGAAACAUAUCAAUUCUGUGCCCCUUAAUAAAUAAUUAAAUACUAAUCUAAGAGAUACAUAUGAAUAGCAUAAAACAAAAUAAUCGUUCGGAGUAACAAAUAAAUACUACUCGUAAGUGAUGUUUUCGUACGUUGAACAAUUAAUAGUGGUGUUUAGUUUUCGAAAUGUAAAAUUUUGCAUAGUACCCGAGUAGUGUCGCGCAAUUUGUUUUAUCUUACUGCAAUAGAUCUGUUUUAUUUUAUAUUAUAAUUGUUAUAUGUUAUUGUAAUAAUAUAGGCUAAUGACUAAUAUGGCUUAACUACCAAAAUAUUUUUAGCAGUUCGCUUUGUAUUCAGUAUUAAAGAAUUUGUUUUUGAAUUUUCGGUGACAAAAGCUAGUGAGUUGCUGGAAAUUUAUUUGUAUAUCGAGCAAAUUAAACCAUACAAAGUAUAUAGUUAGUAAUUAAUUGUUAGAUUUGUGUGACUUGGAUUAUUUAAAGCUUUUAGAGCAAAGGUAAAGUGUUAUUGUGGUUUAAGAAAAAAAAAACAUAAUGACAUUGUAAAAAUAGUGAUAAAUUUAGCUUAAUUAUUACCAUUAUUACAACUUUUAUAGAUGUUCAUUGAUUUUCUUUUCUUACUUCAUGGACUAUUGUGGCAUUGGAGACGUCAUUGUUAAUUCAAAUAAAUUUGAGCUCAUCCUCAAUCGAAGUUUUCAUUCAUCCGAUAUCCCUUCGCUGUUGCGAUCAAUCAAGUCUCCAAACAGAAACCCGAACAAACUUAGUAAUUCUUCGAAGAUUGUAUUAAAGUUUCGAGUUUCUACUUUGCCCUAUUCUAUUUGCACCCAAAGACAUUUCUAACAAGCUAUCGCGCUCUUGUUCUGUUUUGUCAAUCUUCUUGUUAUAUUCGAGAAAAUAUAAGUAUAUUAUUAAUAGGUCUAUAGUUUAGGAUAUCUAAAAUUAGAUAUAAUUAUAUCGACAGUUGAGCUUUGGAAAUUGCUUUGUAGAUUAACUGCUUUUAUGCGUCUUAUUGUAAAACGAGUUUUUGUGAGUAAUAUAUUACAAAAUACUGUACUUAUAUAAGAAUUGGUUUUACAAUGAAGACGUUAAGUUUGUGGGCGUGAUUGCUAUCAAAUCUUAUUUCAAUAAUUAUUCAUUUGUGGCAGUGUUGUAUUUAUGUUAUAAUUAGUGUUAAAGCAUUAUAGGGUCCAAAGAUUGGGAAUAAAAAUAUGUGACAAAAAUAA